AUGAGCGACGAGGAGUACACGAUAAACUCGGACGACUACACGGAGAAGGCCUGGGAAGCGAUAACUACGUUGAAUAAAAUAGGAGAAAAGUAUGAGUCAGCUUAUGUAGAAGCGGAGAUGCUGCUUCUCGCGCUGCUGAAUGACGGACCAGAAGGACUAGCACAAAGAAUACUUAAAGAAAGUGGCAUCGACACAGAUCUGCUAAUGCAAGAGAUAGAUGAGUACCUGAAGAAACAACCUAAAAUGCCAAGCGGAUUUGGAGAGCAAAAAAUUUUAGGGAGGACCUUACAAGCAGUGUUAAGUACAAGCAAGAGACUGAAGAAGGAGUUCCACGAUGAAUACAUAUCGAUAGAACACCUACUGUUGGGGAUCAUAGCAGAGGAUUCCAAGUUCACUCGUCCUUGGUUACUAAGGUAUAAUGUAAAUUAUGAAAAGGUGAAAAAGGCAACGGAGAGAGUUCGAGGAAAGAAAAAGGUUACUUCAAAAACGCCUGAAAUGACGUACCAAGCGUUGGAAAAAUACAGUCGUGAUUUGACUGCCUUGGCAAGAGCAGGGAAAUUAGAUCCUGUUAUCGGUAGAGAUACUGAAAUUAGGAGGGCGAUUCAAAUUUUAUCCAGGAGAACAAAAAAUAACCCUAUCCUUUUAGGAGAUCCAGGUGUUGGUAAAACUGCUAUCGUUGAGGGUUUGGCCAUAAAAAUUGUGCAAGGAGAUGUACCGGAUUCCCUGAAAGGACGGAAGUUAGUUUCCCUAGACCUUUCAUCUUUAAUUGCGGGAGCUAAAUAUAGAGGAGACUUCGAAGAGAGACUCAAGUCUAUAUUGAAAGAGGUGCAGGAUGCUGAAGGACAGGUCGUUAUGUUUAUUGAUGAAAUUCACACAGUGGUCGGGGCAGGGGCAGUAGCUGAAGGAGCCCUUGAUGCAGGGAACAUACUCAAACCAAUGCUUGCUAGAGGAGAGUUACGAUGUAUUGGUGCAACCACAGUGAGUGAGUAUAGGCAGUUCAUAGAGAAAGACAAAGCAUUGGAGAGGAGAUUCCAGCAAAUUUUGGUAGAACAACCGAGUGUAGAUGAAGCCAUUAGCAUUUUAAGAGGACUAAAAGAAAGAUACGAGGUACACCAUGGAGUCCGUAUUUUAGACUCGGCUCUUAUUCAAGCAGCUGUUUUGUCCGACCGUUACAUCAGUUAUAGAUUCCUUCCCGAUAAAGCCAUCGACCUCAUCGACGAGGCAGCAUCCAAUUUGAAGAUUCAGUUGUCAAGCAAGCCGAUUCAGCUGGACAAUAUUGAGAAGCAGCUGGUCCAGCUAGAAAUGGAGAAAAUAUCAAUCCUGGGAGAUAGCCCCCGGGGGGGUGCAGUCAGCCGAGAAGGGAAGUUAACAGAUACGAAGGGGAACCUUGCCAAUUUUAGGAACACCAUUAUUAUUUUUACAUCUAACUUGGGUAGCCAAAGUAUUUUAGAUCUAGCGAAUGAUCCUAACAAGAAAGAGAAAAUAAAAGAACAGGUAAUGAAAUCGGUAAGGGAAACGUUUCGACCCGAGUUUUAUAAUAGAAUAGAUGAUCAUGUCAUCUUUGAUAGUCUCUCCAAGAAGGAACUGAAACAGAUUGCUAACAUAGAGAUUGAGAAAGUAGCCAAUAGACUUAUUGAUAAAAAUUUUAAAAUUUCCAUCGAUGAUGCCGUUUUUUCUUACAUUGUCGAUAAGGCAUAUGACCCUGCCUUUGGCGCCAGGCCUCUCAAGAGGGUCAUACAGUCCGAAAUUGAGACGGAGAUUGCCAUCCGCAUUUUGAACGAAACCUUCGUGGAGAAUGACACCAUUCGGGUGUCUCUCAAGGACGGCGCGCUGCACUUCUCCAAGGGGUGA